UUAAAAGGAGUGGUUUACGAUGGUAUACAGUAGAGGGUCUGUGUCCCUGCUGAGUAUAGUCUGCGUGUGGCUGUUCCUGGGGCUCCCAGUCUGGUGGAAGACCACAACAGUGUACAGGUCUACUCUCCCUCACUCCUGGAUCACCUCCUUGCAGCAUGAGCAACAGGUUCUGUCGGUCCUGUCCUGCAAUAUUAGUGCCAUCAGUUUAAUCACUGGCCUGGACCUAUCAUCCUUUAUUAAGAACACGUCUUAUUUUACCAUAUUUAAUAAAGAUUCAGUAAUUAAUGUACACUCAUUAGUUAAAGAAUAUAGAGGCGAACCAUUGUCCAUUGAAGACCUUUUAAACAAGGAAUCUGUCUCAAAUCCUGUUGGACAUUAUUCCUUAAUAGUAACACGAGCUCUUGAAUACAGUACCCAGUACAAGAAUGAGAGGAACCUUUUCAUAGAGUACAUCAACAAUACUCAGUUACAGGAAGAUAUUAAUGAUUCUGUUUAUAAGUUGUGUGGAGUGGAAACUUUUAAUAAGUUACUUAAUAAUUCAAAUAAAAAAGAAUCACUGAGAAGGAUGAAAAUAUCACCAGGAUAUGACAUCAGUAUAGUAGUCAUUAGUUCUGCUGAUUCAGCAGUAUCGGAAUGGAAUAUUGAUAUCAGUACAAAUCAGUUAUUAUUACCUUUUCUGAAACACAACAACAUCAAAAAAAUUGCAAAUUUUACCAUUAGCUCACAAUUGUUGUAUUUUACUGAUGUUGAGUUUAUGACGAGUGAAGACAUUAACUGUCACACAGUGUCACCAGCACAUGUUCCCCACAUGAUCAGUAAAGUAGAUGCUAAAUUAGGCUCCACAGUGUCCCAAUGGCCAAGACUUACCUUUGUAGUUUAUGUACCUCAUCCAACGCAAAGACCACUAUUGAUUAGAAAUAGGAACAGUGACAACACUGAUUCAUUUCUUGUACCGCAGUGGGGAGGAGUUAUAUUUUAUAAUGAUUAUGUACAAACUAGAGAAAAUGACACCAUCAGUGUAGACAUGAAUGUAGUAAUGCCAACUAUUGUAAGACAAUUGAAGUUACUCCUGGGAAUAAAUGAUGAACAUAAAAGUGAGACUUCACCUCCUUACAACUUACAUGCCUGGGAUAUUGAUCACCUCCUAAUGAUACAAACGUUAGAGAGACUCUCUCUAACUAAAGUAUCUUUAGUGUCACUGAUACAGCUUCUUGAUAAUGUGAAGAACAUGGUCAUUAGUGAUCACAUUCAAACUGAGGUGGUACAGUCUUUAAAUGAUCUUAAUAAAUGUGUUGCUAGCAUUGCUGAUGGUCAAUGGUCAGUGGCUCAUUCUCAGUGUGAAACUGCAUUAGAUCAUGCAGAGGUUGCAUUCUUUGAUCCAACUAUACUUGCUCUCCUCUACUUCCCUGAUGAUCAAAAAUAUGCCAUUUACAUUCCACUGUUUCUUCCUGUUGGUUUCCCUGUGCUUCUCUCUCUCAUUAAAUUAUUGAAAUCAUGGCGACAGUCAAGACAUAAAGAAAAGACUUCUUAACAUUAUUUAUUGAUCAGUAAUGAUAUUCAAGCACUUCAACACUCAGUGCAUGCAUUUAAUUUUAAAA